UAAUGAAAAAACAAAAUCAAAUAGAGUAGUGUUACUGUCAGACGAAAAAGAAAUAGACUGGUCAUAGUCAAAGCUUCUCUUGAUUGAAGUCACGUAUGGCGACCCAUUAAUUAAGGGUCAGAGGUCUCGGUGGCUAAGGCCUAAUAUAUGAUCAUAUUGAUAUGAAAAGAUAAUUAAAUAAUUAGUAGCGUUUGUUGUGGAAAUUGGUGAUGAUGGAGGGGGUGAUUCUGAAUCCUAUAGAGUGUCUGGGUAAAGGGUUUGAUUUGACGAGUGAUUUUCGAUUGAAAUUUGCAAAGGGUUGUAGGAGGUUGGUGGUGGUUGAUCAAGAGAACAAGAGGGACAUUACAGUUCCUGGUGGAGCAAUCAUUCCAAAUGUUUCUGAGGAUAUUCGCUGUGACAAAGGAGAUCGCCUACGUUUUAAGUCUGAUGUUCUUCAAUUCAACCAGAUGUCUGAAUUGCUUAAUCAGAAAUCAGCAAUACAAGGAAAAAUACCAUCUGGCUAUUUUAACGCUCUUUUUGAUUUGAGUGGUGAUUGGUUACGUGAUGCUCAUGACAUCAAACAUCUUGCUUUUGAUGGUUAUUUCAUUUCGCUGUACUAUUUGCACCUAACUCCUUCACACCUUAUACUGCAAGAGGAAGUAAAGAAAUCUGUUCCAGCUCAGUGGGAUCCAGCUUCUUUAUCCAGGUUCAUUCAGACAUAUGGUACACACAUAAUAAUAGGUAUGGCUGUAGGAGGUCAAGAUGUAAUCUGUGUCAAACAAAGACAUUCUUCAAAAAUUCCUCCUGGUGAUCUAAGAAGACAUUUAGAGAAUCUAGGAGAUUUUCUAUUUUCAGAUUUGAGAAGUCAUUCUCAACUACAAAGGAAGACCACAGAAGGCAAACAGAAAGUUCCUGAUGUCUUUAAUCGCGUGAUGCAAUCAAGCACAAUGCAGUUCACCAGUAUUUCAGAAACAUCAAGCAAGGAUGGCCUCACCAUCCUUUGCUCAAAAAGAGGAGGAGAUGUGUUCAAGCAAGGUCACUCAAAUUGGCUCCAGACAGUUGCUUCUAAUCCUGAAGCAAUCCUCUUCAAGUUUGUGCCUAUUUCCUCACUCCUUACAGGAAUUCCUGGAAGUGGAUAUCUUAGUCAUGCAAUCAAUUUGUAUUUACGUUAUAAGCCACCUCCUGAAGAUUUACAAUGCUUCUUGGAGUUUCAAAUUCCAAGGCAAUGGGCACCCAUGUUUUAUGAGCUACCUCUAAGGCAUCAAAGGAAAAAAACUUCUUCCCCUUCCCUGCAGUUUAGUUUCAUGUGUUCAAUGCUUCAUGUCAGCGCUGCAAAGGUAGAAAGUGAUCAAAAACCUGUGGUGGGUCUCCGCUUGUACUUAGAAGGCAGAAAAUGUGACAGACUUGCAAUACAUAUAAAUCAUCUUUCAGGCCUCCCAAAUACAAUGAUCCUCUCUUCAGGCACCUCAACCCCAUCUAUGUGGCGAGGAUCUGAUGAUAAUGAAUCCAGUGACCACUUUCUGGAACCAAUAAGGUGGAAAAGAUUUGCAAACGUGUGCACUGCAGUGGUUAAGCAUGACCCUAGCUGGUUGAAUGAAUCAAAUGGUGUUUACAUUGUAACUGGUGCACAACUCAUUAGCAAAGGAAGCUGGCCAAAGAAUGUGCUUCACUUGCGCUUAUUAUUUACUCACAUACCCAAUUGCAGUAUUAGGAAAUCAGAAUGGGCUGCAGCACCGGAGGCAUCAAGAAAAUCAUCUUUCCUCACAAAUCUAAGCACAACAUUUUCAUUCACACAACAAAGUGUCACUGCUUCUCAGAAGCAGGCUCCAACUGUUCUUAACUCAGGUGUUUAUCCAGAUGGUCCACCUGUUCCUGUUGGUUCUGGUAAACUCCUUAAAUAUGUGGAGACAAGUGAGGUUGUUCGAGGCCCGCAUGAUGCUCCUGGUCAUUGGUUGGUAACAGCUGCUAAGCUUGUGACAGAGGGUGGUAAAAUUGGAUUACAAGUGAAGUUUGCAUUGUUAGACUAUUAGUCAUUCCAAGUUACUUUUCUUCUUUGUAUAUUGAUCGAUGUAUAUUUUUUAUUGCUUAAAUUUUGUUAAAUUACAGAUCACAUGUACAUAUGGUUUUGUAUAGUACAGUAUACAAAAUGAGUGGUAUAAUUGAUUUCAGCCAGU